UCCAUCCGCAGCAGCAGCAGAGUCUCCAUCAGCCGCUCCGGCUCCACCACCCUGAACUCAGCACGAGCAGCGUCUGUCAAACAAGAUUCAAACAAGCGUCUUAUCAGUAGACUGGUCCUGCUCAUCGUCAGAUAUGGAGUCGGCAACCUCCUCCGCCAGUCAGUGCAGAUACAGUUAUGAAGAGUAUAAGGAGACAGCAGAAUGGCUGCUGGCCCACACAGAGCAGCGUCCUAAAGUAGCCAUCAUCUGUGGUUCAGGCCUGGGCGGACUGGCUGACCUGCUGGAUGACAAGACCACGUUCCCGUAUGAGGAUAUCCCACGUUUUCCCACCAGCACUGUGCCGGGCCAUUCCGGGCAGCUGGUGUUCGGGAGGCUGCAGGGCCGUGACUGUGUCUGCAUGCAGGGGAGAUUCCACUUCUACGAGGGUUACAACAUGCACACGGUGACGUCCCCGGUGCGAAUCUUCUUCCUCCUUGGCGUGAAAACUGUGAUCGUGACAAACGCAGCGGGGGGACUCAAUGGCAGCUACGAAGUGGGAGACAUCAUGCUCAUCAAGGAUCACAUCAACAUGCCGGGCUUUGCGGGCCAGAACCCGCUCUGUGGGCACAAUGAGUGCAGGUUUGGAGAGCGUUUCCCUUGCAUGUCGGACGCGUACGACCGUGAGCUGAGGGCUCUGGUCAAGCAAACAGCACAGGAGCACGGCUGCGGCAGCUUCCUGCAUGAAGGAGUUUACUGCAUGCUGGCUGGACCGACAUACGAGACCAUUGCAGAGUGCAAACUCCUGCAGAUGCUGGGGGCUGAUUGUGUGGGUAUGAGCACAGUGCCAGAGGUGGUGGUGGCUCGUCACUGUGGCCUGCGUGUCUUGGGUCUAUCCCUUGUCACCAACAAGGUCGUGACGGAUUACGACAGCGUUGAGAAGGCCAACCACGAGGGGGUGCUGAGGACCACCCAGCGCAGAACCCAGGACCUCCAGAGGCUCGUCAGCCACCUCAUCCCCAAGAUCUAGUACUGUUGUUGUACAACACCCACCGGUGUGUAUUUCUAUCCAGCGUUUGUACUGCCGGGUCCAUUGGGUUUCCUCUCUACACUACUACGUGUUAAAAAGACUGUGAGCUCUCUUGCAGCUGAACCUGUAUCUUUGAUUGCGUCUAAACUAUUUAAUGAAUGUGAGAUAAUUCUGUGAUCAGCUCACUGCUAAUCACUAAUAAUAGACACAUAAAACUUUUAACCUAAUGGGACGAUUGUGCCACGGUUAGUAGUUAUGAUCACUGGCUAGCAUCCUGCUCUUGUAGAUGGAGACUCAGCAACAUGUUUUUUGUUUUAUGAAACAGAUGAUUGUCUAUAAUUAAGGCUCGUAGAGUGAUAACCUCCAUUAUUUAAAAUUACAUUUGUUAUAUGGGUACAUGCUGUAUGUCUUAUUUGCCUUGAGCAAAGUAUGCAACUACCACCUAUGAAAGCAUCGUUCUUAAGAUGUAUUCACUGUGCACUUAUGCGUUGGCCUUGACAUGUUGGUGCUUGGAUAGAGAAAAAACAGCCUGUUACUUCUCCAGCAGGGUAUAAGACGUGAAUCCACAUAACAGUUGCUAAUUAUAGAGAAAAAUAGAAUAAUUCUUGUGAUCUAACUGGAUUGUUGGGACCAACUAGCACCUGCUUUCCUUCAUUAGGCGAUUGCUUGUUAUUAACAAUGUAUAAUAACUACUUAUUUUAGCUAUAAAUCAUAGUGGCUAUAUUUUGCAGAUCAAAUCAGAGUUGCUUAUUUUUGAAGUAGACAAAUUAGUUAUUUUAAAUAUUUAAUGUAUUUAAUAAUGAAGUGUUAUAAUGGCAUCCUGGAAGGAUCUCCAUUUUCAAAAGGCAAUGGAGUUUUAGCUGAAAAAGCCUGUCCACAAUCAAAUCUGAUCUGAAAGAAAUGCCUAAAGUCAGAGGCUAAUCUGGUCAAGCAGCAGUGAUGUAUGAAGGUUUUUCUGGGGGGGGGAUUGCAUUUGGAUCCCUUUUAUUUGUACAUCAAGAGACCACAGCACUGUAAUGUCAGGGAGGGCUGUAAUGCCUGGGACUGCACUGUUCAAUCUUCUCCAGGACGAUCUGGAACCUCCUGCCAGGUCCCCUCGACCGUCUCAUUCAUUAGAGCUGCAAAGACCAGAGAAAUCCUAAAUCAGCAGUCCAACAUCUUCGAUCACUUAUAGCAACAUCAGGAGGCUAAUGGGAGUCUUAAAGAGGAAUUCCACUCAGAGUGAAGCCUGCCAUCAUCGAAGUAUAAAAUCUGAAUUUCAACUGCUCCAUAACAAACAUGAAUCUUGUUAUUUACAUGCAAUUCAUUUGAAGAUGCACUUUCCAUGCUCAAUAUUUUCCUGUAUGGGAACAAGUCCAUGUUGCAUUUUAUUUCCUCGUUAGUGGUUUGUGAAGUGUUACGACCGGCUCGGGAGUCGCAACAUAUAGGAGGGACACAACACCAAGUUAGGUUAAAAACAACCACAGCUGCCAGUUUAUUUACAGGACACAAGUAAACUGUAGUGUGCAAAUCCAACUGCAGACCAGGGUCUGGUGCCAGGCAGAUGAGAGAGAGUGAGGGCGGCACAAGGAGGCGCUUAUAUAGGUAAACCCCAUCCUCAUCCAGGUUCCCUCAAUCACUCGUUAGGGAGCUGCACCUAGAAGUCAAAAGACACAGAAUACACACACAUGCACACACACACCCCCAAGCACAAACAUUCACAGCAGGACAUAGAACCAUACAUAACAGAAGUCUUCCACACAAUUGCAUUUACUAGACUGAAUAACUGAAGGAUGUUGUGUGUUAAUCAUAUGUACUGUAUCCAGGUCUCAGGUUAGAAUCUAAUUCACUAACAAACAAUAAACCACGCUAUGUCUCUAUUGGCGUAAAAAUACUUUAUUUUAAUACCAAAUGUUGCUGCUGUCAAAUAAAAUCUUGCAGAUGA